CACAAGCCAAAACAAAGUAAGCAAUUGCAACUACAAAAUCUCAUAUACUCUUGAAAAAUGGAUCGCUUAGCGAAAUUGGCAUCCCAAAAAGCCGUUGUGAUCUUCAGCAAGAGCUCGUGUUGCAUGUGCCAUGCAAUCAAGAGAUUGUUCUACGAGCAAGGGGUGAGCCCGGCGAUAUACGAGCUCGACGAAGACGCCAGAGGCAAGGAAAUGGAAUGGGGUUUGAUGAGGCUCGGGUGCAACCCGACGGUCCCGGCCGUGUUCAUUGGCGGUAGAUUCGUCGGUUCGGCUAACACCAUCAUGACACUUCAUCUCAAUGGUUCCUUGAAGAACUUGCUCAAAAAUGCCGGUGCUCUUUGGCUUUAAAUUUAUGAG